CUUCACAAAAGAAAACGACAAAAAAAAAGUCAUUCCAACACAAGCCCACCUAAGCGAGCACGAUGCACGGCGGCGCGUCCUUCGCCGCCGCCGGCGAAGACGCCGGCGACGCGGUUCUCCUGGAGAUCACCGACGCGUCCUUCAUCGCCGGGGAAGCUGACCCCUCGCCUCCACCUCCCGUCUCCGUCGACGACCUCGCCGGCCUAGACCCCCUGCCGUACCCGACCAUCUGGGUUCGCGCCGACCGCACCAGGCUAAUCGAGAGCUCCUCCUACUUCCGCGCCCUCCUCGGCGGCAGCUUCAGUGAAUCUGGGAGAGCGCAUGUGCAGAUCAGCUGCAACCUCGAGGCGGCCGUGCAAGUCCUCAUCUAUCUGUUUGAGCCUUCUGGGAGUUUGACGAUUACGCACCACACCUUUCUACCGCUAAUGGAGGGUGGCUUGUUUCUGGCUGCUGAGAAUCUUCUAACAGAAUGUGAAAGGUGGUUCCGCACCAUGAGCUCUCAAAGUUCCUCGCUAUUGGCCCCAUUAGAUUUCUUAAUUGACACCUGGUACUUUGCUCAAGAGCAUGGGAUUAAUUAUGUUCAAGAUAUAUGCCCAGGAUAUUUAGCUCAGAAUUUUGUGCAGGUUAUCUCCAGGAGGUCGUUUGUUAAACUUCCCUAUGAUUUGUUAUAUUCUACAAUCGAGUGCCCCUUUCUGACCGUGGAUAGUGAAAAACAAUUAUGCGAAGCAAUCCUAUGCUGGAUUACUGAAAAUAUGCUAUGCUGUGAAGAACUACCUCCCAACUCAGUAGAUCACCAGCUGUACCUUCUUAAUAAAGUGAGGAUAUGCCUCUUACCUUUAGAAUUUGCAGCAGGAACAAAGAGAAACUGGGCUGAGUUCGGAAGCAAAGUAGAGAGUAGGAUUCUUAAUCUGCUCAAGGAUAGUUUGCGAACAGUAUUGGAUGCAAUUGCUGAUGACAACUUGGAGAGUUACCGUGUUCGAAUUACAGAAUAUUCUAAGAAAAUAGUGCUUUCUGGUUGUCCACAAAUAACUACUGAAAUCUUGUACAUAUCAGUGCUCCCCCCUACUAAUGUGGGUGCCUCAUUGAAUAAAAGGUUAGAAAGUUCAUGGGCCCAAGUUGAUUACCGAAAUAUCAUCCUUUACAAUGAGCUGGAGGAGGCUGUUAAAAGCUCAUCAUUUGGAAAUGUGCACAUGGUGGAUCUCUCAAAAUGUCCAAAUGCACAUUUUAGCACUGCAAUUGACUGGUUGAAGUUGGCAUUUCCAGAAUUGAGGAUAUUCAGAGCUUCCUUUUGUUUGACAUUUCAGUUCGAAGACUUGUUAUAUCUGCUACUGACUUGUCCAUGGAUUAAUGAAAUUGAUUUGUCUAUUGAUACGAGCAUUAUAGCACAAAUGCAUUCAGUUAUCUCUUCCAGAUUUGAAGGACGGGGCGCAGUGAAGCCAAAGCUCACAAGAUAUUAUGCACAGGAUCCGCUAUGUGAUACCACAAUGAACUCAUAUAUCUCAAAUAUAUCAAAAUUGAUAUUGGAAGGCAGAAAUGAUAUUACUGAUGUGGACCUGUUGAAGAUAUCCAUUCUGAAGAACUCUCUUUGUUAUAUAAACAUUAAAAAUUGCACCCUAUUGACAGAUGAUGGUAUUUCUAAAUUAUUACUCAAGUGUACGAAGAUUCAUUCAAUGGUUCUUUCUUAUACUUCUUUUGGAAAUCAGUCGAUUCAAACUCUAUGCAAUUCCAAUCCUCUGGACAGCAUGGAUGAGUGUAGGCAUGUAAUGGCAUUUAGAAUGCAAGAAUUGCACCUGGAUGGGUGCAAAGGUAUUGGUUAUGCCGCUAUGUCUCAGCUAAUGAGUAAUGUGAAUAUAACAAACUUCCUAUGUUUAAGGGAGACAACACUUACCGAUGGCGCUCUCUGCAACUUUGUUGGCUCUUCACUUGAGUUUCUUGAUAUUUCCGAGACCGUGGUUUCCAUGGUAUCAUUAGCACCAGUUAUAAGAAGAAAUUCUAACUUGAGAUGUCUGAAAGCAGCUGGAUGCCGUAACUUGCUAUUUGAACAUGGUGAAGUAGAAGCGAUGAGUGGUGGUAAUAUAUACGGAGAUUUUCUACAAGAAAUAACCAGUACUUGCUGCUUAGAGGAUGUUGAAAUGGGAUGGGCAUUUUGCCCUAUUCGAGUUACAACCCUUAUUCCUUCUUUUAGUAAAGUAAGAAAGAUGACUAUUGGACUUGGCACAACAUUACCAGAGAAUAUAUUGUGUGCUCUUCCUGAUAUUUGUCCAUUCCUAGAGUCUUUGGUUCUUAGGUUUCAGAUGAUCUCUGACAAAGUUGUAAGAAAUCUGUUGAAAUCCUCAACGAAGCUUCGGGUGCUUUGCCUGUACUCUUGUCUUGGCAAUUUAACUUCAUUUAGCUUCCAAAUCAAGGCACCAUUGCUAAGAAUCUUAAGGCUUGAGUGGAUUACUCCAUGGAUGACAAAUGAUGACUUGGCAGUUCUUAUACAGAACUAUAACUUAGUUGAACUUUCACUGUCUGGUUGCAAACUCCUUGACUCCAACUCUCAAGAGUUAAUCUCGUCUGGGUGGCCAAACUUGACUUGUUUACACCUUGAGGAAUGUGGUCAGAUAACACUUGACGGGGUUUCUUCAAUUUUAAACUGUAAAGCUUUGGAAGAUCUGUUACUUCGGCACACGGGCAAAGGUAUUGGAAGAACCAUCAUAACUGAUGCCAUAACAGAGUUACCACUACUAAGAAAGCUAGCUCUGGAUCUUUGUGAUGCUUCUGAAGAAGGCUACGAUAGCCCAAAUAACCCGGAGGGGAAGAUGAUGAGGACCAUAACGAUGAGCAGAUGCAAGUCGGUGAGGUCUUGUUUCGAGCUCCACAGGGAAGGAUCCUCAAACUCAAAACCAGUGCACAAGGAGACGAUUGUGUUGGAAUGGAGCAGCAGACAGCUAAGAACCACCAUAGUGAAAGAAAAAAUACGUUGGACCCAAAGGCCCAAAGCCCACAACAGAGAGGAGAGUGGGCGACGGGGGGCUAGGGCGGCGGCGGCGCGGCGACCAGCGACGGGCGGCGCGCACCUGACCGGAAUGGCCCACCUCGCGGCCUCUGCCGCCCCGCUUCCAAGCGCUGACCCCGACGCCGGCGAGGAGUCCUCCCACUCUCCGCCGCCGCCGGAGAAGGGGCUGAGGAAGGUGGUGGUGGUGAUGGGCGCGACUGGCGCCGGCAAGUCGCGGCUGGCCGUCGACCUCGCGAGCCACUUCGCCGGCGUCGAGGUGGUCAGCGCCGACUCCAUGCAAGUCUACGGUGGGCUCGAUGUCCUCACCAACAAGGUCCCCCUCCACGAGCAGAAAGGCGUUCCUCACCAUCUCCUGAGCGUGAUUGAUCCCUCUGUGGAGUUCACUUGCCGCGAUUUCCGCGACCAUGCUGUGCCGAUUAUAGAAGGUAUAUUGGAUCGUGGCGGCCUCCCUGUUAUUGUUGGUGGUACAAACUUCUACAUCCAGGCUCUUGUUAGCCCAUUCCUCUUUGAUGAUAUGGCACAGGAUAUUGAGGGUCUUACUUUAAAUGACCACCUAGAUGAGAUAGGGCUUGAUAAUGAUGAUGAAGCCGGUCUGUAUGAACAUUUGAAGAAGAUUGAUCCUGUUGCUGCACAAAGGAUACACCCGAACAACCAUCGAAAAAUAAAACGCUACCUUGAGUUGUAUGAAUCCACAGGUGCCCUACCUAGUGAUCUUUUCCAAGGGCAAGCCACAGAGAAGUGGGGUCGACCUAGUAACUCCAGAUUUGACUGUUGUUUCUUGUGGUUAGAUGCUGAUCUUCAUGUUCUGGAUCGUUAUGUCAAUGAAAGGGUCGACUGCAUGAUUGAUGAUGGCCUGCUAGAUGAAGUGUGUAACAUAUAUGAUCGAGAGGCCACUUAUACCCAAGGGCUGCGGCAGGCCAUUGGUGUUCGUGAAUUUGAUGAGUUUUUCAGAUUUUAUUUUGCAAGGAAGGAAACCGGUGAGAUAAAGAUGGAUUCCUGUACAACUAUGGCAGGUCUCCAUGAUGAUAACCUGAAGGGCUUAUUGGAUGAAGCAGUCUCACAACUAAAAGCAAACACUCGCAGACUUGUUCGACGUCAAAGACGAAGGCUGCAUCGGUUGAAUAAAUAUUUUGAGUGGAACUUGCGUCAUAUUGAUGCAACAGAAGCUUUCUAUGGUGCCACUGCUGACUCAUGGAACAUGAAAGUUGUGAAACCUUGCGUGGAUAUUGUUAGAGAUUUCUUGUCUGAUGAUACAAUUUUGGCAAGCAGAGAUGGUUCUAGUGUAACUGGAAGCCCUAGGAUGUCUUCAAGAGAGUUGUGGACUCAAUAUGUUUGUGAGGCCUGUGAUAACCGGGUACUUCGGGGAACGCAUGAGUGGGAGCAACACAAGCAAGGCCGAUGCCACCGUAAAAGAGUACAACGUUUGAAACAGAAGGCUAGUACAGUGAUAUCAUUAUAGGCAAUUAGCACUGUUUGCACUCUCGGUGUUCAUGAACCUUUCUUCAUUCUCUGCAACUGUCCCCAUGCAUCCUGUUUGUCAAAUUGGCUGAAGACUACACCAUUCAGAAGGUAGCAAGCAGCAGAUAUAUUUGUUAAUAGUACCUUGCUAGAUUCUUGUGCCAGUUCCAAACAUCCAAUGCAGAGAAUACAAACUCUACAGAUUGGUCAGCACAAGCACGUCCGAUUGAGCAGCAUCUACACUGAUGACCAGUUGGAGUUUCUCCAAUCUGCUGAUCAUUUCUAGACUAGUUUUCCCAUUAAGGACACCAUAAAUUGGGUAGGCGGUCCAGCUUGUUAGCAAAGUGGUGAUAGUGAUUAGCAAUUAAGCAUGACAUUGACCCAUCGAAUAUUUGCAUAUCUUGGUCUUCCAGAUUGCAUGAUUUUUCCUUCAUAUGUGACUGGAAACAGUGGGGCCAUGCUAGGUUACAUAAAUUCCUGGGCGUGAUACACUGCGAAUAGUAGCUAUCAUGUUUACUACUGUCGUGUUGAGACUACUGUACAGUAGCUCGUAUGUAUUUCUCGUAUGUUUGUGCAUAAGUGAGGGGUCGAUGAGAGUGACUUACUAGACUUUUCUCAUCCUAAAUUCCUAAUAACUAGAAAAGAUGACCGAAAUUGGGAAGGCGACUUGUGCCUCUUUUGGAAUGAUCGAAAUAUAGAGGAACUUUCAUGUUGA